AAGAGUAGCUAUUGCAAGAAACAACAGCGACAAGGUGAUAUAAACCUGUAGUGGGGCAGUGCUGAGGAAGGUGAACUAGAACAAGAGGAUGAGUGGAUUAGUGUGGGAGAGGGGGAGUAUAAGGGGGCAGCGCUUGCAGUUACUCCUGGGUUUCAUGCUCGUUGCCCUGUUUCUGUGGACCCUGUUGACCACUUUCAUCUCAUCUGACAGUCAUGUGGAGCCUCACAGACCACCUGCUCAGAAGAAAAGUGAGAAAAAAGCCCCCUCUGUGUCCUCUGACAACAUGGGAGAGGAAAAGGUGGAAAAGCAGCAAAAGACUGAUUUAAACACUACGGACCUGGACAAAGACAGGACAGAGAGGAAACACAAAACAACAGCACACACAAGUCAUGUGGAGCCUCACAGACCACCUGCUCAGAAGGAAAGUGAGAAAAAAGCCCCCUCUGUGUCCUCUGACAACAGACCACCUGCUCAGAAGGAAAGUGAGAAAAAAGCCCCCUCUGUGUCCUCUGACAACAGUCAUGUGGAGCCUGACAGACCACCUGCUCAGAAGGAAAGUGAGAAAAAAGCCCCCUCUGUGUCCUCUGACAACAAUCAUGUGGAACCUCCCAAACCACCUGCUCAGAAGGAAAGUGAGAAAAAAGCCCCCUCUGCGCCCUCUUACAACUGUAAUGGCUGCAAAACAGUCAUUGAUAAAGUGUUAAAGAACUAUUCUCAGACCUGGACGAAACAGGAAGUAAAUUUCCAAAAAUUCAGGUCUCAGCUGAGGACCAAAUGCAAUGGCGCUGACAAGUUCAUUAUCACCCAGGCCAACACCCCGGUGGGCUCAAAGCUUGUGUAUGAUGGUGAAAGAAACAAUGUCCAAGAGGUGAACUCGGACAUUUUCAAGACAUUUGUGAAGGAGUCUCCGUUUUCAAAUAAAACAUGGGACACAUGUGCUGUGGUUGGAAGCGGAGGGAUCCUGGCCAACAGCAGCUGUGGAAAGGCAAUUGAUUCAGCCCAGUUUGUCAUCAGGUGCAACCUACCUCCUGUGGAGAAUGAAUUUAAGGCACAUGUGGGCAGCAAGACUGAAAUUGUGACUGCAAACCCAAGCAUUCUUGUACAAAAAUAUGGGUCUCUAUCAGGACAUCGCCGUCCAUUUGUGGAAAGUCUGCAGAAGUAUGGUAACUCCAUGCUACUCCUUCCUGCCUUUUCCUUUGCUGCCAAUACUCCUGUGUGCCUGCGGGCUCUUUACACCAUUGAAGACUUUGAGAUCCCCAUUCAGACCGUCUUCUUCAACCCCAAGUACCUCCAGAGUCUACACGAGUUCUGGCGUACACAGGGCUUGAGAGCAGUCCGGCUCAGCACUGGUUUAAUGAUGGUUAGCCUGGCGUUGGAAAUUUGUUCCAAUGUGCACCUGUAUGGCUUUUGGCCCUUCAGUAACCACCCACACGGAUUCCAACCCCUCAAUAACCACUACUACGAUAACAAACCGGCAGUAAAAGGAAUGCACGCCAUGCCUGUUGAGUUCGACCACCUACUGCAGCUGCACAGUCAGGGGGUGCUCAGGGUUCACCUGGGACAAUGUGGGAAACAGUAGCUCCAUGUGGUCCCCUGGAAAACUCAGAAGCACAGUGCCUUUCUUGUACUGUAGAUGUAGAUUUUAGAUUAAAGUAAUUGUAUGUUGAAAAAAAUUGCAAUACCUGCACACUGAAUGUAUGAUUUCUAUCACACAUUACCGACAAAUAUCCUGACAGCUGUUGAAGGAAAAUAUGUAGCAUUCACUGUUUAACAAGGCAUUACAGGUUAUUUUAUGACAGAAGUUAAAUAAGAUGAGCAAAGGUGAUGUCAGCUCUAUUUUUCAUGUGGUAAACAAACUAAGGCUACAUUCAGACUGCAGGCAAAUGUGGCCCAAACCCAAUUUUUUUGCCCAUAUGUGACCUGUGUCCGAUCUGUUAAAGACAGUUUGAACAGCACAAAUCUGAUUUUUUCAAAUCCAACCCAGACUACUUUCAUAUGUGUUUCUAAAUCCGAUACGUAUCUGAUACUUUGCAAAGCGACUUCAGCCUGAACGGCCAAGUUGCAUUUAUCAGACUUUUACGUCAUUGAAAUGGGACACACAUCACAAUUCUGCGUCCCAGGAGUGUUACUUCCACAGUGUGUGUGCCUUAGUGGUUCUGCAUUAUGUCAGGACCUCUUUUGUGCAUGUCACAUUCAGUUCAUACUCAAAACUGAUAGAAGUCACUUUUAAUGUGUAAUAUGAACGAGCACACAAAAAAAUGUGAUUUCAUCAAAAAAUUCG